AUUUAAUCUAAUGUAGGUAGGAAGAGUCAGAGACGACAAUACGUGGCGGGAGCAGCACAAACGUAGGCUGAGACACAUGAAGGCCCAGACUCAGUCAACAAACAAAACAAACCUCACUUUCCUAAUUCUAACUUUGGUUAUUCACCAGUUUGAGUUGUUGAAUCUCCUCCACUGCUUCUUCUCCUGAUCCUGUUCAGAAUCCAAGGAGCUUGGGAACAAACUCCUGCUCCUUCUUCACCCUGGUCAUAAGUUCAUGUCUUUGUUUCUUCAUUUCAUUUUAAUUACCAGAGGCACCACUUCUGGUUUAUUGAUAGGCAAUGGGAGGUGCACUGGGAAAGAUUGAAUCACCCAAAAAGGGAUCAGUGCCAGAAACUAAGCUCGAGGCUAAAAUGGUUGAAGCAAUGCUGCGUAGGGAAUCUCAAGGAAGUUCCGUGAAAUCAUUCAACACUAUAAUCUUGAAAUUCCCAAAGAUUGAUGAGAGCCUUAGAAAAUGCAAAGCCAUAUUUGAGCAGUUUGAUGAGGAUUCUAAUGGGGCAAUAGAUCAAGAGGAGUUGAAAAAGUGUUUCAGUAAGCUGGAAAUUUCUUUUACCGAGGAGGAAAUAAAUGAUCUUUUUGAAGCAUGUGAUAUCAACGAGGAUAUGGUAAUGAAGUUCAGUGAGUUUAUUGUUCUUCUUUGCGUUGUCUACCUUCUCAAGGAUGACCCUGCAGCUCUUCACGCUAAAUCACGAAUUGGGAUGCCAAAGCUGGAGCGCACAUUUGAGACUUUGGUUGAUACAUUUGUAUUCCUAGACAAGAACAAGGAUGGAUAUGUCAGCAAAAAUGAGAUGGUCCAAGCUAUAAAUGAAACUACAUCAGGGGAGCGUUCUUCUGGAAGAAUAGCCAUGAAAAGAUUUGAAGAAAUGGAUUGGGAUAAAAAUGGAAUGGUGAACUUCAAGGAGUUUCUAUUUGCUUUUACACGUUGGGUUGGAAUUGAUGAAGUUGAGGACGAGGAAAAUGAGGAGGCAUAAACAUGUCAUCUAAAUAUCUGACUGCCUCUUCAGCCAAGGCAAAAGGGCUUUUCUGGUUUUCCCUUGAAAUAAAGGCCAAGUUGCUACACGUUGAAUUUUACUGAAACUGUCAUUCCUGAAGUUCAUUAUGUAAAUAGUAAGUGUAGAACUCAGUGCCGUAUUGAAGAAAUGUUCAAAUUUAUGUGUUAAAUGCUACCAUAGUGAUUGUAUUGGUUGCUGCUUCUUUCUCUUUCUCGCUUAGUUCUCAUUUCUGCUAUGUAUUGAACUAUAAAUAGCCUGUGCUAGUACAUUACAUUAAUGAGAGGCAAACUGGCAAAGUGCAUACCUACUCAGGGAUUUAUUAAAUUAUUAAUAAGAUUAACAUUUUAUUGGGGUUA